AUGAUGUCGAUGGCUGUCAGAAAUCUUGGACGAGGUGCCAAACUAACAUCAGUGGGAAUGAGAAUGAAGUAUACACUGCCUGAUCUUCCGUACGACUAUAAUGCCCUUGAACCUGUGAUUAGCGCUGAAAUCAUGCAACUACAUCAUCAAAAACAUCAUGCAACCUAUGUGAAUGGAUUGAAUACUUGUGAAGAGAAGAUUCAAGAGGCGCUUUCAAAAGGUAAGGUUGAAGAAGCGAUCGCUCUGCAACCAGCUCUUAAGUUCAAUGGCGGUGGUCACAUAAAUCAUUCCAUAUUUUGGACUAAUUUGUCUAAGGAUGGCGGAGAGCCAAGCUCAGAACUGAUGUCCGCUAUCAAGGUAAGCCUGAAAUUUGACACCUGAAU